AUGGCAGAUAGUGUAGACUCUCCAAUAGAAACCAAUAAAUUGAUUGUAUCUGCAUGGGGAUGUGCUUCAUACGUUCCAUUUCUGUAUUUGUGGUCCUCCACACUUGGGCAACAAGACACUGAGACGCAUUUGUGGACCUUGCCAAGCGCAAAUGUCCCGGCCAACAUUGUCAAUGAUCCUGAUAACAAUAUUACGUGGAAAAACCAACUCUUACAGUAUUACAUUCCACAAAGCAACUUUCUGAUUAGACAUGGUUUACCAACCAUUCAACAAACAGCGCGCAGAUUGGAACCAUACCACACAGUUCCAUACUAUACAUUCCUAAGCCUUGCAGAAAAUGACUCGAGUAUAAUAAAGAAUGGGUUCGUUUGUCGAGCAAUUCCAGACACUGAAGAACUGAGAGUGCCUAUCAAGUCAAUCUGUAGUAGGAAAACAAUGAAUAUUCAAUCAUUGCAUAUUCUGGAACGAUGA